AUGUCCACCUCAGACCGACCAAUCUCCCCCACCGUCUUCGCCGAAGCCAUCAAAGAGCUCCCUCUUGAAUCCCUCCACGCCGAAGCCGUCAAACUGACCAACGAUAUUGCAAAAUUACUCGAGUCCAACGCAGCCCUGGAAGCUGAAAAGGCCGUGGAGACGGAAGACGGGAUCAAGUUCCUGGAUGAUGUGAUUGUCGAGAACGAAGGCGUGGUGAAAUGGAAAGAAGAGCGGAUUGAGCUUCUCAAGCGCGAGGUAGAGGAUCGCGGUCAAAUUUGGAUUGAUCCGAAAAAAGCUGGGCAGGAGGAUGGAGACGAGGAACAGCCCUCGGUUGUGAAUGGGACUAGACAUGGUGGUGACGAGGCGGGUGCCGGCGGUAAUGUGCAACAACGGCAAGCGCCUGAUGGUGAUGAGGGCGUCUACCUUUGA